AUGGCGCUUUGCAUGAACAGGCUCAAUGAGGAGCGCAAGCAGUGGCGACGAGAUCAUCCCUUUGGCUUCUACGCAAAGCCUCAACGCAAUGCUCAAGGGGUUCUGGAUCUCAAGACCUGGGAGUGCGGUAUCCCCGGCAAGGAAAAGACGCUCUGGGAGGGCGGCCUGUUCAAGUUGAGCGUUAUCUUCCCGGAUGAGUAUCCUACAAAACCACCAAAGUGCAAAUUCGUCCCACCGCUCUUCCACCCCAACGUCUAUCCCUCUGGCACCGUCUGCUUGUCGAUCUUGAAUGAAGAGGAGGGCUGGAAGCCGGCCAUCACCAUCAAGCAAAUCCUCCUCGGAGUUCAAGACCUUCUCGAUGACCCCAACCCCGACUCUCCAGCUCAGGCUGACGCAUACCACCUCUUCAGAAGGGAUCGGGCUGCAUAUGAGAACAAGAUCAAGAGGAUUGUACGAGAAAACCCAGCUCCGUAA